AUAAUAACUGGAACUGAAAUGAUAUAAACUUAUAAAUUAUAAUACAUUUAUCGAAAUAGUCUAUAAAUUUUAAUUACAAUGACAUAUAAAGGAAGACCUUUGUCUCAACCUAACCUUUCCAGUGAAUAUACAUGUGGUUUGGGAUCGUGGCGUCCAAAAUGGUUGCAAAUAUUUGGGACAACCAAAUUUUUUAUGUUUAUAUUUGGUGGGAUAGGCAUAAUUCAAGGUGCUGCUUUCACUUAUAUGAUCGCUAGUAUAACAACCCUUGAAAAACGUUAUGCGUUUGGCAGUAAAAUGUCAGGUCUUAUACUGAUUGCCGAUAAUGUGACAGAACUAACGCUAAGUCCAUUACUGGGAUAUAUUGCCAAUCGUUGUCAUAGACCACGAAUGAUAGGGUAUUGUCAGAUAAUUGUGGCAAUCGGUAGCUUUUUGGCAGCCGUGCCUUAUUUCGUGUAUGGACCAGGAGUUCAUUUAUUAGGCUCAAGUAGUCAACAGUUUUCAAAAACUAACAAAACUAUUGAGUUUUGUGAUCAAAACCGAUAUUCAGAUAGUAAUGAAUGUGACAAAUCUGAUGAUUACGACACAUCAAUACCUGUGGUAAUUAUCCUAUGGAUCGCCAGUUUCUUCAAUGGCGUCGGUUUUGUGGCAUUUUAUACGAUUGGUGUGCCGUUUAUUGACGAUAACGUCAAGAAGAAAAACUCUCCACUUUAUCUCAGUCUAACGAGUGCUCUACGACUUUGCGGACCAACUCUUGGUUUUAUUUUGUCGUCAUAUUGUCUAACAUUUUAUGAAAACCCAUUCAUCGAUCCGGGUAUAGAUAUGAAAGACCCUCGUUGGGUGGGUGCCUGGUGGAUUGGUUUUAUUGUAAUUGGUGUCGGUAUUACCAUUUUUACAAUACCAAUGUUUUUCUUUCCCCAAAACUUUAUAUACAAAAUACCAACAAAAGAGAAAAACAUUGAUAAACCUCUUAUUAGAAAUGGUUUCGUAAAAAGUCAACAAAAAUCGGUUUUGUGGAUACGAACCAAACGUUUAGUAACAAAUCCAAUACUCAUAUGCUAUACAUUGGGAACUGCUGCCCGACUUUUUGCAGUUUUGGGAUAUUUUACUUUUAAAGCCAAAUACAUUGAAUCUCAAUACAAGACAUCGGCCUCCACUGCCAACUUGUUUUCCGGUAUCGUCGGUGUAGUCCCGUCGGCUAUCGGUAUAUUUUUGGGCGGACUUUAUAUAAGUAAAUGUCUUCCCGGACCAAAAAUGUUGACGACAUUUGUAACUGUUGUUGAACUGAUUGGUGUGACCGGUAUGCUUUCGGCACUAUUUCUCGGAUGUCCUGAAUCACAAUUUGCUGGCACUCAGACAAAAUCAAAUUUAGAGUUGCAGUCCAUGUGUAAUGACAAUUGUUUUUGUUCAACAAAAGUAUUGCAACCGAUAUGCAGUCCCGACAAUCAAACCAAUUACUUUUCUCCGUGUUUUGCCGGUUGUCGGCCACAAUCCAUGUCAAACCAAACUAAAGAAUACUCUGAUUGUGAUUGUUUUGAAGGGAUGGCCACUGAUGGUUACUGUCCUAAYGAUUGCGGCAAUAAUUUUCAUAUCUAUAUAUUACUACUGGGAAUAAGUAAUAUUCUGGGAAAUUUGGCAAAAACAGGAAACAAAAUUAUAUCAUUUCGUAUUGUUGACGAAGAGGACAAAAGUUUUGCAAUUGGAGUCAUUUCUUCGUUUCUUUGCUUAACUGCAUUUAUACCCUAUCCAUUGGUUUAUGGGGCGGUUACUGACUCGACAUGUUUGAUAUGGGAGUCCAAUUGCGGUCAUCGGGGAAACUGUUGGGUUUACGACACCAAAAAGUUUAGGCAAUAUCUUCACGGACUGACUCUCGGUCUCUAUUUUGUUGGCAGUGUUUUUGAUGUCAUUGUUGUAUUCCUAUCUCACAAAAUUACUAACUUAUAUAAUGAUGAGAUAACUGUGCCAAUAGAGGACAGACCUAUGAAUAUKAAAUUGAGUUCUAGUUUAGACAAACAAUUAUCUGAAUUAUCAGAACUUUAAUUUCAAAUAUAAUAGUAAUUUACUUUUGAUUUAAAAAUUUAUAUAACAAGAGAUUAUAAUGAAUAACAUUUAUUAGAAAUAAAAUUAAAGAAAAUGUUAAGUUAUAUAUAAAUA